AUGGGAGUCAUUGAAAGGUUUGUAGGAGUUCAACAUGUUCCCGACACCACUUCAAACACACUAAAGGAGUCUAUUGAUGCCUUCAUUCAUUUCAAUGAGUUGAGCUUCUCCAAUUUACGAGGGCAAGGUUAUGAUAGUGCUAGUAAUAUGAAAGGACGAGGCUUAAAUCAAGAAACUAGUCUCAAACGUGCCGGAGCUACAAGAUGGAAUUCACAUUAUGGGACUUUGAUUAGUUUGAUUACUGUGUUCUCAUCUGUGGUCAAUGUGCUUGAAAUGAUUGUUGAUGAUAAUACCAAUGAUAGUGUGGCUGAAGCAAAUAGGUUAUUGAAAGACAUACAAUCUUUUCAGUUUAUGUUUCUCCUAUUUUUGAUGAAAUCUAUAUUGGGAAUCACGAAUGAGGAAUGA